AAGGUGCCCCGUGGACGCUGUUGGGGCGGGCUGGCGGCGGGAGCAGCGCGGCGGUUGAAUGCGGGCGGGGAGACGGGCGCGAUGGAGUUGUCGUCGCUCGUCAGGAAGCUGGGUCAUGAACUGGCAGAGAUACGAGAACGAUCUCUAAAGACUAUCCUGUUUAAAUUAGACCAUAACUUGAUUUCGUAUGCUGAUCUGGUCCAUGAAAAAGUGCUUUUCCUUAAUGUUUUGGAGUGGUUCAAUUUUCCAGUUGUACCAAUGAAAGAAGAAAUACUAAAUUUUGUGAACAAUUUGAUCAAGCAUCCACCUGCUGCUCAGAAACUGAUUGGAAUUGGUGCAGUGGAAUUCUUCUCUCAGCUUCGUCCCAAUGUGGAUCCAAACUUGCAGGCUCUAAUUGAUGGGAUUGUGGAUAGACUGUUCUUCCUUCCUUCUGGACUUCCUCCCAGUUCUUUAUCAGUAUGUUAUCAAACUCAGCCUCAGCUUUCAGUAGAUCAGCCAGUUACACCUCAAGAGGAAUUAUCCACUGGAUAUUUUUUUCAAGGUAGAAGUCAUCUGCCACAGUUAGAAAUACCUCCCAAAAGAACAUUUGUGAAAUGCUUAAAAUUUUCCACAUUUCCUUGGCUAACUCUGACUUCAACAGAUAGACAUGUUCUUUCAUCAAAUGAAAGCUCUUUGAGAAGUAACAAACAAAGUUUAAUUUGGAAUACAUGUGAACUUCUUCAGGACGUGAUUAUGCAAGAUUUUCCUGCUGAGAUCUUCCUUCAAAGGCCAAAGAUUGUACAGAGCCUUUUGUCCCUGCUAAACCUUGCUUUUGCAGGAGAUGGAAGACAUCGGUUAGCUUUGCAGGCUGUCUCAUGCCUGCAACAGUUAUGCAUCUUCUUGAGAAGCAGACUUAACUUUCACAGAGAUCCAAAUUUUUCUUCCACAGAGCAAGGUACAGCUUCCCAGAAUUCAUCUAUAUCUUACUGUCAUGAAGCAAGAGUUCCUCCUCAUUCUCAAGAUCCAUCACCUGGAAGUAGUAGCCCUCGGCCAUCUGUGAUUGGACGGACAGUUCAGCGUCCUAGAGGAGAUGGUCAAGAUUGGGAUGCAGCAUCUUCUAGUGGAAACAGUACUCAAGCAAAUGCAAACUCCAGAAUCUCUCUGCAUUCCCCACUUGAAGUAGGACAUAUUGACCUACCAGAUAUUGAAAAUGAGGACAUUUUGGAAUUACAGAUGAAGCAGCUUAGCCUUCCUCAGUUCUGUGUUUCUGUUUUGGAAAAUGCAAUACCUCUUCUAAGAACAGGCAGUAGGAGAAUGAUGAUGGAAGUUCUCGAAUUGCUUGUUGAAGACAUGUUCCUUAUUGGUGAUACUAUUUCUGAAAAUGUUUGGGAAGAUGAUAGCCUUUUUGCAUUGGAAUUGAAAGACAAGUUGCUUCUGGUCUUGGGUUUACUUGGAGAAACUAUAUUAUAUCACAAAACCAAUAUAAGUGCAGAACAGCCUGAGGUGAUGUUGGUGCAUCACAGAAUGGCUUUUAUUAGCACUUCACUUUUCACUGUUAGAUUGCUGCAAAUACUUCUCCCUGUUGAAAAGGCGAGUAAAGUUUUACAAAAGAGUUUGCUGAAUGCUUUAUUUCUUCUCUCUCUGGAUAUGUCCUUCUCUUUGGAACAUCCGAGCAUUCAUGAAUCUGUUGCAGCCUAUCUGGAGCAGAUGAGUACUGAGAACUACAGUAUUUAUAAACAAGCUUCAGAAGCUGCAUAUUCGAUUGAAUGCACUUGUAGCUUUAUGACUGAAGUUCAUAAGAAGGGGGACAAGAAUCUUUCUGAAUUAGUAGAAUUGGCAGAUCAGGCCUUGAGUAGUCUGCCCUACCAUCAACACUUCACUUUGCUCCAGGAAUUCAUUCAUAUAUGCUCAAAUAUUUGGAAGUCUCCCGAGGCUAACUCGUCUCUCCAGGCUGAGGGUCAGAAGGUGCUUCUCCGUCUAUUGUCUCAUCCUUUACUGAAUAUAAAAACUGAAGCCUAUCGCUGCUGUUUGGAAGUGGUUAAGGACUGUUUAGGUAUUCAUAAUAUGACUAGGCCUGUGUCUUCAGUCUGCCAUGGAGUACACUUUCUUCUUCAUCCGAAAGUUUUAUAUGAAAUCUGUACAUUUGGCCUUCAGGAAGAUAAGAAUGAGGUGAACUCUACAGCCAAGGCCAUUCUGAUGCAUCUAUUCCAAGGACGGCUAGUAAUGGCAGUAUUGACUUGGAACAAGUUUAUUGAGGCCCUCUGUCCCAUCAUUCCUGUUUUACAGGGUUAUGCUGACACAAAAGAUAAGCUAGGAAACUGUGUCCUCACUUUGAGUGAAACAACCUCUGAUAAAGAAGAGGGUAUUCUCCCUAGAACUACUAGACUACGUGCCGCUCUGCGUCUUCUCUUCUCAAAAAAGCAGUUGGUUCGUUCUGUAGCACUUAAACAUUUAUCAUUCCAUCUUUUGAAUGAAGAGGAGGCAAACCUGAAACGCCCACAUCUGCAUGAUAGUGUGCUUUCUGGUGUCUCAAACUUAUUUAUUGUAGAAAGAACUAUUGAGAUAAAAUUGGAUGACAAAAUUGAGUCAGUAAUUAAGGUAGAAACUAUUGAAAAGCUGUAUGACAUCUUGACUUCUGCUGCUGUUGACCUAGCUUUACGGAAGUCUGCAGCUGAACAGCUAGCUAUCAUUUUGGAAGAUACCAAAAUGCAUGGUAUUGUGAAAAAGUUGGGUGUGAUAGAAGAGAUUUUGGCUUAUCUGAAUGAAUGUAUACAUGUGGAUGGCAAGCUUAUGGAGCCCAUGGUGUUACCAUGUCUAAUACUUUUACGCAAACUUGUAUAUGCCGAUCCAGUUGUUCGUCUGUCCCUAGCACAGCAAUCUUCUUUGCUGCUUUUGCUAUUCAGAGUUUCCCUGCUAUUCCAAAGUGAUCAUGCUGUUUUAACUGAAACUACGGUAUUGCUUUGUCUUCUGUUGUUUGAUGAAGUAGCAAGAACAGAAACGUGGGCUGAUGGCGUAACCCAUAAAGAUACUGGCCUACCUGCCUUCACUUUACCUGUUGCUGUUGUUAGAAGGUAUCAUCUCCCAAUCAGGAUCACUGCUCAUCAUGUGGUUAGCCCUAAUACUGUUGUGGUGCCGCUGUCUUCUGAGUGCUUGGCUGUGAAACCUGUGUCGGAUAUGCUUAAGGUGGCUUGGAAUCUGUCGUGGUACAAUGGGAUUGAAAACCUACUGCAACUGAUAAAUUAUGAGGAAGAAGCAGAAACAUUUUUAGACUUGCUAAAACUAUCCUCAGAAGACUUUCUUAUACUCAAAAUAACUUGCACAAACUAUGGACUGCAGGAUUGCCUUAAUUCAAUCAUUCAGGCAGUAUCCCACAGGGAUGUUAGGUGUGCUCUUACCAGGCUUAGCUUUUAUGUUCUGAAUGACAGACUUGCAUUAAAAUGCACUUCUGGGUCUUGUGGAACCACUUUGAAGAACUUUGUUUGGCAAAAAGCAAUAAACAGGUUUCUGCAAGUACUUCCAGCUUCUGUGGAGGAUGAGAAGCUUUUAGUAGAUGUCUUAAGAUUUUUAAACAAAUUGCUUAGAGAACAGAGAUCAAAUUUGGAGUCAGACCAUCUAAAGUGGAUCCUGAAAUCAUUGCAUAAAAAUAAGCCAAAAUCUCUUUUGGACCUCCUAGUGCAACCAGAAUUGCAAGUGCGGGAUGAAAUAGAUGAAACACAGACUGCUGUCAAACAGCAACUGGAUAAAGAACUCAUUCGUCUCUUUAACACAUUGUUAUUUUGUUCUGUGUCGCUGACUGAUAGAGAGGGCUUGGAGCUUGCUAGCUCUUUUAGAACUGAGCUGGCUCUGAAGCUGCUACAAUGCUUAAGACUAACAGAUGCACCACACUUUUAUGGACUUCCUUCACUCGAGAGAACAUUAAGAGGAAUGGUUCACGUUACUGCACUUCCGGGCUGGAGUACCUAUUCUGCCGCAGUUGAGCCUCUCACAAUUUGUAAGAAAUAUUUAACAGGUCUUCUUGAGGUCAUCUCAUCAUUUUACGUUGAAUGGGGAGGAAAUGCCAUGUCCUUCAUGGGAAAAGGAGUUACAAAAAGCACAGUUCUUUGCUUGCUUCACUUAUCUCAUGAAAUGAUGGCUCAAGCCAAGGAUAUAGACUGGAUAUCUCUUUGGUCUCUGCCUUUUGAUAACAGUGAAGAACAAGUUCUUUCUCAGCUACGUCUGGCAUGGCUGGUUCCUUUAUGGGUAGAUAGAGACCCUGAGGUCAGAUUUACAGCUCUUGGAAUAGGAUCAGCUCUUACAUCUCUUGACACAGGAUGCAUUGCUUUAGCAGAAAGUUGCCGAAACAUUUCAGGAGGUCUGUGGGGAACAGUGAUAAACAUCCUUUUGGACCAAUCUGAAUGUAGCAUGGUACGCAGGGAGGCUGCUUUUAUUCUACAAAAUCUACUUGUGAUUCCAAUUCCUGCAGAAGAUGUGAAAGAUAGUAUUUGGCAAGGUCCCUGUGUACACGAUGAAGAAUCUGGCCUCUCUCAGACAGGAAAACCUGCACUUAAGGCCCUUUUAUAUCACUGCCAAUUCUAUGAACAUGUGAAUCAAAUGGUGAAAUGCUGUUACCUGGGAUGUUAUAUGUUUGAUUUGAAUUCUUCUAAGGAAAACAACCUCAUCAUAGAAAAAGGUGAUUUUGAUGAUUCUCUUAAUCUUUGGAAGGCUCCAUUUAGUCAAAGCGGAUCUUCACAUUCUCAGUCAACAUCUGAAACGAUGAUUCGAUCUGUAUCACCAUCACUGGGGAGUGUUACUGAGCUUCAGGCUACAGUCCAAAUGAAUUCAACCAGUUUUAUUCCUGAAACUGUAGUUGAUCGGCUUAUGGCCCAAGGUCAAAGUGAUACAACCACAACAGAAUCUCCAAGUCAGCAUGAUUCUCGUAUGUCUACUACUCUGUGUAAACAGCGUGCAGUAGUCACUCCUGCCCUUUUGUCGGCUAUUUGCAACCUGCUGCACAAUCUGCUGGUUGUCACACCAAAAGAUACUGGAAUUGCUCUUCGACAAACGCAUUUGCUAACAUCUCUCAGCAGUCUUGUAAGUGCUAAUCUGGUUGAGAGAUGCAUCUUGGAACUGAAAGCUCCAUUGGGUCAUCCGUGUCAUAUAGAACAUGUAAAAGCUCAGGUAUUAUUACUUCUUCAAUACUUGUCAUCUGUGUCCAGGCUUCUGAAAUCAUGUUUAUUGGUGGACUCUCAGAUUGUAAUCCAGGAUGAACUGUUGAAACCUCUCUUGAGAAAUACCUUCAUGAUUCUUGCCAUUCGCCCCAAAGAUGGGUUAGACACGGAGUUGACAUCUGUACUUCAUGAAACAUGGGUGGACUUCUUCACCCUUCUAACUACAUUAUUGUGGAAGAGUGGCCAAGUAUCUUUUCCGUCGGUGAUGGCAGCCCUUGCAAAUCAUUGUACAGCAAUAAUUGAUACCAUUUGUGAUUGUAUUCAUCUGUCAGCCACAUAUCCUGCUUUAUAUACGGCUAGUUUACAGUUCCUCUCUGUCCUUUUGAAUGAGGAAGGAAGACGGAAGCUCCAAGAUAGACAAAGUAUAUGUCAAAAUCGAACUAUUAGCUUUCUUCUGGAUCAUGUUGAAGAAUGUCAGGCAUCAGUAACUCAACUUACUGCAUUAAUCAUUCAGGUUUGUGAAAGAAAAUCUUCAAAGGAUGUGCUGAAAGAAGUUGCUACAAAUGCAUUGCUGUCUCUGUUAGCAGUCAGUAAAAGUGCCCAGAAAUGUGCUUUGGAAGUUGGUCUGAUAGACAGCUGUAUAGAAGACAUGAAACAUAUUCAUGCACAGCUGAAUUUGGAUUCCCUAAAGCCUGGGAAAGCACAGAAAAAAAAGGAAGAAAACCUUAUCAAGCAGUUAUGGUGUUCUAUGCAGGUCCUCAGAAACUGCCUCUUUCAAAAUGAAGAAUGCAAAAUGGCAGCACUCAAAGCUCAUCUUGUUCCUGUUCUGCAUUCACUGUGGCUGUGGUUUUUAAUAGAUGACGACGCAAUGCAAAUAGCUCUACAUUUGCUUUGUGUCUACACUGCAAACUAUCCAGCAGGUUGUUCCUCCCUUUGUUGGGCCAGCGGUGGACAAUCAUCACUUCUCUCUGCACGAAGUGCAGCUGGCAAUUCAUUAAUGCAUAACAUCUUGAAAUUGGCUUCCCAAGUGUCGAAUGAUAGAAGCCCAAUUCAGCAGGUGGUCUUUUGUCUUCUUUCUAACCUUGCUCUGUCUCAUGACUGUAAAGGCCUUAUUCAGAAGAGUAACUUCCUGCAGAACUUUUUGUGUCUCUCAUUACCAAAAGGAAGUCAUAAAAAUCCUGGUAAUGUGUGUAUUCUUUGGCUGAAGCUGCUACUGAACAUAUCUUUUGAAGAAGAUGGGCAGCAGAUGAUCAUGAAGAUUAAUGGAUUUUUAGACCAGGUUGUGGAAAUGUGUAAAUACAAACACAAGAGCAGCCAGCAUCUAGCACUUCUCAUUCUACAUAACUUAUGUUUUAGUCCAGCUAAUAAACCAAAAAUAUUAGCUAAUGAUGAAGCGAUUGCAGUACUGUCUGCCUGUUUGGAAAGUGAUAGUUGUGCUGUUCAGAGAAUAGGAGCAGCUUCAUUUUGGGCUUUACUUCACAACUAUCAAAAGGCAAAGGUGACUUUGAAGAAUCCAUCAAUACGGAGAAGAAUAGAUGAGGCUUACUCAUUAGCGAAGAAAACUACUCCACAGCCAGAAGAAAAUGAGCUACAUGCCUACUAUUUAAAAUGCUUGGAGAAUAUAGUGCAGCUUCUUGAUUGUUAAUGAUCGUCUGAUGACUUUGCAUGUUGAAAUUGGAGAACUUAUUCAACGGGAGCCUGAAAUUUAAAGAAAGCACUUAUAACCCAUGGAUUAGAAGCAGCUUACAUGCUACAGAAGAAGUGAAGUGUUUGAGAACAAAGUUCAUCACUUUGAACCAAAGAAAUCACUCUAAAUGUGGUUCAUGCUGUUUGUACUAUAAUCCCAAUGGGAAACUAAUGAUUCUACUGUGUAAAGUAUGUACACGGAAUGAAUGUAUAGAGGAAAAGGAUGUAACAGAUGAGAAAAUUUCUUAAAUUAUGCAUUGCAAUUGCUACUGUAAGGUAUUAGGAUUGCUGUUUUGGCCUUAAUAAAGGUUUUUUUUUAAAUUGAGAUGAGCGUUUGUUUUGGGUGGAUUGCAAUGUAUAAAGUUGCAGAUUUGCACAGUGCAUACUUAGCAUGAAGAACUGAAAAUGUUGGUAGUCAUGAUGUGUUAUACCUACUAUGUAUAGAACAACAGCAUGUGUGUUAGUUUUGAGGGACUUUUCAGUUCAAACUGCUGCAUCUUUUUUUUCAAUGCUAACAAUUAAAAAGUUCUCUCAAUUACUUAUGUUACAGGUGACAGUUAUGUUAACCGAGCAGUUUAUUCAGGAUAUGAGAUGAAACAGAUUUAGUCACAACAUCAUAGGAAAUAUUUGAGACACAAUCUGUUGGUUUCCAACUUAUAAACACUUCAGAUUUUUUCUCACAGAAAAAACAGUUAUCCAGGCUUGUGUUUUCUUUGAACUGCUGCUAUGUAACUGUUGUCAUAAGUUUUCCAGUAUUCUGUGCUAAAUGAGUUUGAGCGAAAAAUGUUUAAACAUUGAAGCCUAAACACAUGACAGUUCUGCUGAACGUGCUUCUGAAAUAUCUAGAAGUGUGUUUAAGUUUUCCUUAAAAUAUACUGUUUUGUGUUAAGGCAGGCAUAGAUAAAAUUGAGCAAAUAGAAAGCAAAACUUCGGAAAUGCCUCUGAAACAGUUGUAGCAAGGUCAUGUUUACCUGUAAUUAGCCUUUUCUUCCUAAGGAGGUGAUGAAAGCAUUUUCUGGUGACACCUGGCAUUUUUCUGUUUCUUUAGCAAUGCUUGUAAAUAAUGUGUGACUUGAUAAUGCUCAGUUGAGAUAAGUGUGAUGCUUUUGGAGGCUGGAUUAAACCAUUACUAGAAAUGUCAUUAUCAGCUAACCUGCUCCUCCACCAAACAAAAAGUAAGGAUGGACCCUCAGAGUCUGGUACUUUUCCACUUGAUCUACUGCAUAAUUAUUGUAAUUUGCAAAAUGGUUGUUAAAUGCUGUGAUGCUCAUCCUGUAGUGUUGCAGAUAGUAAGUUGCAGGGCAGCAGAACACUCAGCAGCAGAGAGCUCUGUAAGUCAGUGAUACCUGUCUGGGCUUGGUGAGGGGGUGUCUGUCUUUCCCUCAGGCUAGUGAGUGCUGAUUCUCUUCAGAGAUGUUUCAGCAUACUGGUCCCCGGUGAUUUCUCUCAUGAAUCAGAUUGUAAGUCAAAAUGCUGAUUGUUUGUCAGUUUGCUUUCUUUUUCGGGGACACAAAAAAUGAGAGAACGCGGUGCCAAAUUAUUUCCAAUUGAAGUAACCACUCAGCAAGGAUGAUGAGCUCAUUCAAAGUGUAGAAACGUGCAUGGAUCUGGUCAGGUGAAAUAGGGCUGCGCAGUUGAAUAAAUUCAUUAAAUUCAAGCACAGUAUAAUAAAAGCAGAAGAACUGAAUACUUGUUUUCUAUUAAACUUUUCUAUUUUACUGAGCUGUACAAACUCUUGACUAAAUUAUUCACACUGAAAAAUCCAGGUAAAUUGCUAAUACAUUUGUUACAGUAGCUUUAGUGCAAGCUAUGUGUUUAUCCUCAAAUAAGCACAGAUCUAAGCUGUUUUCUGAGUAUUUUGCAAUCUUCUGCAAUUGUGGGAGGCAAAUGUAGUCAUGGCAUAAGUAUAUACCUCUGUUUGGUGUUGCUCCUCAAGGAAAUAAAAAUAAUUUUUAGCUAUCUAUAUUCACUUUGUGUACAAAGUCUUUGCAGAAUACUUAAAACUGUUUUCCUUCAAGAUUAAGGAAAGAGGAAUUUAUUUGUUUAUCUAGAGGACAACACUUUCUUCAUCACUUUUCCCCUCAAAAAUUGAAAUUGACCUACAACUGCUUCUGGUCUCCCUGCAUGUUAAUAAAGAGGUGGGUUUAUUGGUUAUAAAACAUAAAUGACCUGAUAAGUUUUGUUAACUGGCAUUUUAGACUAUCACAAUUAGCCUCACAAUAGCCUUUUAGUGUUAAUAGCAUUCACAAAAGAAAAUAAAAAUAUUGAGAUUUCAUUCAGUUUAACUUAAUUUUAGAAUUUUGGAGAUGCAUCUAUUUUCAAGGAUGUGGUAUUUAUCAUGUUUGAGUUUUCAAAGUAAACUAAAUACUAAAAUACCAGAUUCUAAAAGCUGUAAAAUAAUUUUUUAUCCUACAGAGGAAAGUUCAACUAAAAUGUAGAUGGAUUUGCUGAACAGAAUACAGAAUUGAGAAGGUAACACUGAGCAUGCAUCUAGUUUCUCUAAUAAAAUGCAUAGCCAUGCAAGCUAGGAGUCUCUCAAAAAUCCUUAUCCAGGAGAGCACAAUUAUCAUUUGCAAUAACUGCAGAUAUAUUAUGCUCUCACUUUGUUGCUUUAUCUUUUACGAUAAAUUUGCAAUCAAAUAAGUUAUUUUAAAUUCCAAAGAGGCAUGUACAUAAAAUGCACUACAAAUGAGGCUUUGAGAUUUUUCAAGACUAAUGUGUCAUCUAUUGCACGCUCAGAACUUAUGGAGAAAUAAUUUUUGCUUGAGUGGUAAAAAAUUGUAGAUUAGACUUAAUUUAGUUUUGAUUGUGUGUGUGUGUUCAUGCAAAUAGAGACAUUAAGUCAUGACUUGCUGAUGAAGUUUUCAAACCUUUGAGUAACAGAUUUUCAAGACUACUUGAAAAUUUGCUGUAAAAGAUUUUUUAAAAGGCACUAUUUUUUUUGCUAUUCCAGCAAUUUGGAACUAUGGAUUCUCAGUCAUAGCAACUACACAUCCCCUGGUAGAACUUUUCAUUGAUUCCUCUCCAUCAAACUUGCAAAUUAUAGCAAUUACAGGCUUCUGUGGAAUGAUGAAGCAGUAAUGGCCAGACUGGUGAGGAGAAUUUUGUAUGCUGAGACUUUGGCCCAGAUUUAUAUAAGUAUUACCCUUCACAGUAAAGUAGAAGCUACUGUGACAGCUUCUCAAAUCUGAUUGUCCUUCAGAGAAGUGUUUUAAUGUCUUCCGGGGAAAAAAAAUUGGUUGGCAAACACCUGAAGAUUGCUCUCUAGGGAAACUGCUGUUCGCUUGAGGUUUAUUCUGGUUGUGAUAAAAAAUGUGUUCCCUUCAGAUCUUUCCCCCAGCUGGCCUCCUAAAGUAAUCGUUUACAGCCACACCACUAUGAUAGCAGUCAUACUGCCAUUACUUUAAAAGAAGGUAAGUUGUGGUAGAUAUAAUUUCAUAACUCUUCAAUUCUUUUUGUCUCAUCCUUUGGCUCCUGAGCUCGUGCUACAUGUGUGUUCUUCAUUUGUCACCUCCUUCUUGUUUUUGUUGAUUACCUGACUUCAUUCAGCAAAUCUGUGUGAUUCCUGGGCAUUCUCAAGAGCUGGUUAGUCUUCCUGUUGAGUACGUAAUCCUGAAGAGUUUGGCCCCAUAGAUGUGGGUUAGUUUGUGUUCUCUCUUGUAAGAUCCUGGUCGUUAGUGUAUAGUAUAUGUGUGCAAGUCUUUGUUGAGCAGAAAUCAAUAUUGCACAUGAUUUUUGCAUUGAUUCUAUAAUUUUCUAUAAUUUUAUUUGAAAUUUGUGUUCGGAGACAGUUAGGAGUUAGAAGAGAUUUUAAUAAAUGCACAAUGGAGCUGAUGGAGUUGUUUGAAAAGAAGCUUAUUGUUUAUUCCACAAAACUUA